AUGCCUCCCCUGCUGCAUGCUUCGAUGCUUUUCCCCACGCUGCUUUAUUGCCCUCUCUUCUCUUCCCCUCCCUUCUCCUCCCCUCCCUCCCCUCUCCUCCCUUCUCUCGCCCUCCUAUGUCCUCCCCCGUUUGCCCCUUCGCCCCCCCAAUUUCUCCUUCCUUUGUCCUCCCUCUCGCCCAAACACUCGAUUCCCUUUCAUCUGCCUCCCAUGCACCUGCGUCCCACCCCCCCGCCUCGCAUCCACCUGCCUCACGUCCACUCUUUGCACCUCCUCCUGCGCCUCUCCCCUGCAUUCUGCGUUCACCUCUCCAGUCGACCUUCUGUCCCCCCCCUUGUCCUCCUGCCAGCCCACACUUUCCUGAUCCCACCCUCCCCUCAUCGCUCUCGAACUCCCUCCCCUCUCCCCUCUCUGAACCCUCCCUCAUUUCUCCCCUCCCACCCCAACUCUCGGUCCUCCUGCACGCCACUCAUGUUCCACCCAUCCCGUGCCUCUAUACCUCCCACCAUUCCCAUAGCCCCCAAUUCCCCCAUGCCUCAAACCUUCACCAUGGGCCAACCCAUACAUACCUCCCACGUUGCUGGGUUCACCCACACCCACCCCCCCCCCCCUCCCCUCUUCGCUGCGGCCCCCUUCGUUCCCCCACUUGCGCCCCUUUACCCGCUCCCCUCCGCAGUCCCCCACGCGGGCCCCCAUCAGCCCUUCCUUGCGCCCCUGGCUCCACGCGGCGGCCCGUCACUACUGCCCCGUCUGCGCACCCUCGCACACUGGCGCGCACACCGAUUUGCACGGGCUCCUAAAGAGGCGGAGGAAUGGGCUCGCGCGUAG